AUGAAGAAGAAAACAGAGGAAGUUGUCAUCGAUGGAUGUCCCAGAAAACCUCCUAGAUCCAGAAAGAGGAAAAGCUCAUAUGACAAUAACGACACCUGCAAUGGAAAAUCUGUAAAGGGGAUGAGCGUUGAUAAUCACAUAGUAGAUGGUGCAGAGGAUCCUAAAACAACCACAACCAGAAAAACGAGAAAACGAAGAGCAUCAACUCAAACCAUCAAAAAACCUUCCAACACGAAAACUCAAGCAUGUGUACCAGUAAGAACAAUUUUUAGCAGAAUCUUUGAUGGUGUUAACAACAUAAAUACAAGCUCUGUAAGGGCUACGAGUUUGAAACGCGUCGAUAUUAAUGGUUCCCCAUUGUUUACAAAACCGACUUUCCAAGUGCCUGAUAGAACACCAGUAAGUGCUGUCACACUGAACAGUCAGAAGCGAACCACACGUGGUCGGAAGUUGAUGCGAGAUCUUUCCAUCUGCAAACAAUUGAGACGGAAACAAAAUGUAGUAGCCCAGAAACCACGGAAGAUGAGUUAUCAAAUGAUGAAUCAAGUUGUUCAAAAGACAAACCUUGCAGGAUGUGAUCAGCCUCAACCGGAAUUCGCAGAGGUUAGAUCCAAGAAUCCACGAAAGCCGUGUGUCCAAGCUGAAACUAAGAAACAACCAAACUCGACAAAAGGAACCAGAGCGAGGAGGAAAGUGAAAACAAAGGAACCAUUAAAACUUGAAUAUAAUGAUGAGGGUGAUAUGACAUAUCGUUGCACUCACUGUGAUGCUAAGUUUUGGUAUGGUGAACGUAUCAACAAGAAGAAGAGGUCACGCAAUCCAGUCUUCACGCUUUGCUGUAUGCAGGGACAAGUAACGUUGCCGUUGCUAAAGGAUCCUCCUCCUGAAAUUAAAAAUUUGAUUUAUGGAGAUGAUGAAUUAAGCCGACAUUAUCAGAAGCACAUCAGGCCUUACAGCAUGCUUUUUUCCUUUACUUCAAUGGGUGGAAGAGUUGAUCAUUCUGUAAAAAAAGGGAGGGGUCCACAAAUGUUUCAGUUGCACGGAGAGAAUUACCAUUUAAUGGGCAGCAUGAUUCCACAACCUGGAGAUUAUGCAAAAUUCUAUCAGAUGUAUAUUGUUGACAUGGAGAAUGAGAUCGAAAAUAGGCUCACUUUCCUCAGCAAGGCUAAAAAUGCACAAGAAUCAACUAAGAAGAACCGACUACGGAAGGAAAUCAUUGAAUUGUUCGUCAAGGUCUUAGAUGAGCACAACCCGUACGUGAAGACAUUUCGGUCUGCAAGAGAGAGAUUCAACACUGACCCUGAGCACAGUUUUCACAUGAGGAUUAUAAGUGAUCGUGUUACUGAUGGAAGAACUUACAACACUCCUACGGCUUCUGAGGUUGCUGCAAUCAUUCCCGGAGAUUUCAAUUUUGACAUGGGGAAGAACCGUGAUAUAAUCCUACAAAAACAAUCCGGAAAGCUGAGGCGUAUUAGCGAGAUUCAUCCGUCGUAUAUCCCACUACAAUAUCCUACGUGUUUCGUUUAUGGAGAAGAUGGUUUCAGGCUUGGAAUUAAGAAAGCAGAUUCAGUUUACGGGAAAAAAAAUAAGAAGGAAAACAUCUCUGUUAGACAGUUUUUUGCUUUCCGUCUAUUUGAAAGAACAAAAGAGUCUAACCAUCUCUUACACUCGAGGAGGCUGUUUCAGCAGUACUUGGUCGAUACCUACACCAUGAUUGAGACUAACAGGCUUACCUAUCUGCGGAUGAACCAGACAAGCUUGAGAUCAGACAGUUAUGACUCAAUCAAACAAGCUGAAGACGCAGGUGUCAUUGAAAUGGAGGAACAAGGUAAUAAGUUUUACUUGCAUGCGUCUUUCACUGGAGGACCAAGGUAUAUGAGGGAGUUAUAUUUCGAUGCGAUGGCGAUAUGCAGACAUUAUGGUUUCCCGGAUUUGUUCAUCACAUUUACAUGCAAUCCUAAAUGGCCAGAACUAACCCGAGAGCUUGAUGGUACAAAUCUGAAACCUACGGAUAGAGCUGAACUCAUCUGCAGGCUGUAUCAUAUAAAACUAGCGUCACUCAUGGAAGACUUGACGGAUAAUGGACUCCUAGGCCAAACAGUUGCGUCAAUGUAUACAAUAGAAUUUCAAAAACGAGGACUGCCACAUGCUCACAUUCUUCUGUUUAUGCAUCAGAAGUGCAAGUUUCCAACUACGGAUGAUAUCGAUAAGAUUAUAUCAGCAGAGAUACCAGAUAAGGUGGAGGAGCCAGAACUAUAUGAAGUUGUGAAGGAUAUGAUGAUUCACGGUCCUUGCGGUAAUGUGAACAUAAACUCACCAUGUAUGGAAAAUGGAAAAUGUUCAAAGCUAUUCCCGAAAGCUCAUGCAGAGAGAACCAAGAUAAGCAAAGAUGGCUUCCCAAUAUACAGGAGACGGGACCAGCCAGCUGCUAUUAAGUACUUAUUUAAGUAUAUCAACAAAGGAUCAGAUCGUGUUGCUGUCGUUGUUGAGUCAGCUGAGCAGGCCACACUUGGUGAAGAAGCACGGCAGAAAAAGAAAAAUGGGAGACCUACUAAUGGAGCUAAGCAGACUGAAGAUAGUUCUGAGUCCACUGAGAAGGUUGAGCAGGUUAACGAGAUUAAAGACUAUUUUGAUUGCCGGUUUGUAGGUGCUACAGAAGCUGUAUGGAGAACACUGGGGUUUAAAAUACAUCAUAGAUCUGUGUCUGUGGUUAAACUCACUUUUCAUUUAGAAGGGAAACAGUUGGUUAUCUUCAAAGGGAAGGACAAGCUGGAAAGGGUUGUUACACGAAAACUGAUCGAGAAGACUAUGAUGUUGGCUUGCCAGAAACGUUGGAAAGAAAGGGAGACAGGUUUUGCAAUUGGCAGAAUCAACUAUGCCCCAAGGAAGAUUGAAGAUGCUUAUUAUUGUCGGGUGUUGCUAAAUGUUGUCCGUGGUCCCACAUGUUUUGACGACAUCAAGACAUACAAUGGAGUGCUAUAUCCGAGCAACAAGGAUGCGUGCUAUGCCAGGGAGUGCACUUACCUUUUCGGUCAAGGGCCCAUAAAGAACUCCAGAGUUAAGCGUGCUUGGGCUGGAGUAGUGGAAGGAUGA